CUACUCAGAGUCUGAGUAUUCAGUUCAGUUGUCAGUCGACUGGCUGUAGUCUGGGAGAUCGAUAACUUAGUUGUGCACUAUUAAGAUACCAUAACACAGCUCUUGUGUGUAAGAGCGUCAUCAAGCAACAGAGUUACUUCACAUCACGCAACAAGACCCAACACGUGGAGCCUGGGGUACUACCUCAUGAGGAGCCUGGCGGGACUAUAGGCACACAGCACUGACUGACACUGACGCCCUGCUUGACACCGUCUUCUGCUUGUGACUGGUACUGACGCUCUGACACUCGCUCUGUGUUAGGGUGUGGCACUAUAAUCCCCAGGAUGGAAGGCACGUGCAACCUGCAGUGCUGGUGUCAUGUACCGACUCGCGGGCGGAGUAAGCCUCCGUGCUACCUGUGUGUGCUGCAGGAGUGUUGCCUCUCCUGUAGAUCAGAGAGCUUUCCCUCAACCCUGCCCUCAGCCCCGCCCCUGCCGCUUGAGAUGCUCCAUCAAGAUCCUGCUCCAUCAUAUCAGGAAUCGGUGAAUACAGCCAGUGACGAGGGUUGUCCAGGGGGCGGCGGAGGACCAUACGAGUGGAGAACGAUCGUCGCGGCUCACGCUUCUGUUAAUUCAUUCUUGCCAAAUACACAAGAAGAAGAAGAAGAAGAAGACCCGAUGCCGAACACUGAGUCAGACGUCCACUUACAGUUCACAGAAGGCGCUGUAGGAGGACUAGUUGAUGAGGCCGGGCCUGACGCUCCCUCAGACCAUUGUGAUAUUGUAUCAUCAGGUAAUCAUGAAGCCGUGGAAGAUCGUCUCUCAGACCUGGAGUUUAGAGACAUUCCAGAGACACUAGUGAGACGGUUUCCUUCACGACUACGAACUAAUGGCUCUCGUGAUAUGUCUCCGGACGAAGGCAGUCAAACUAAGGAAUCAAAAAUGAAUGGUUCCUGUAAUAACGUUAGUCAACAAAGUACACUUGACUUAUCAGAGCUCAUAAAAAAUAUCGUUUUGGGAGCUGAUGAUAAUACUCAUCAGGAGUCUAUUACGAAUAGGGUGAAUUUUCCCAGCAGAUGGGGCAGUCAAGACCUAGCUUGUCACCGAGGAGCGUCGUGGCUGCACGGUGUUGAUCAUAGGUUCGAGGGGUCAAGGCAGAGCAGAAAUCGAACUAAUCGUAUGGGGUCGAGAUUACUCUCGGCUUCUGACGAGAUGGUGGACGUCAGACCUCGGUCAAACGAAUAUAUCAGCUCGGUUAUUAUGGAGAGGAAUUACAAAAGGAUCAAUAAAAUCAAUCGGAGAGAAUCUUCAUCAGAGGCGGCCAGAAGGUACCUACAGAACGUGCAGAACCAAGCCCGACGGUCAUCGUGGCACAGCAACACGCGGGGUGUGCCUGUCCCUCGUGACACAGUGGGGGAACUUCCAGGACAGACAGACCAGGCACCAACGCUCAUGGAAUCAGAGACGUGUGACAGAUAACAUUUACAUACAGCCCUUUCCUGGAGCUCUGCGUUUAUGCAAUGCGAAAAUCAUGUGAUAAUCAAAAUAUAUCUUCCACUUUUUGUAAUGCGUAUUUAUCCUUAUGUAGUCAUACCCAGCUAAUAAAAGCUCUUAUAUAUCGUGUUAA